CACGAAACGGAUUGUGCAGUAAUGGGCAAAACUGAUGGCCAUAUCAGACGAGUAGUUCCCCUAAUUUGUUAGGCGCAACUUCAUGGCCGUUAAUUGGGGUGCUUCUGAUACUGUUUAAUCUUUACAAGGAGGUCGCUAUUCGACAAAGAUGGAGACCGCAGCACGCCACAAGCGGCUCUGGAUGGAGGUUUGUACGCAGGCAAUCGCCAUCGGAGCCAUGAUAUGGGGGUUAAAGAUUUGCCUUGCGUACAUUGAUCCAUAUCGGGAGCAGCGAGAACAGGCAAAGAAGCGAGCUGCAUUCCUCAAGCAGCAGCUAGGCAGGGCCCUCGAGCUUAAUGAGUUCGAGCAGUUGUUGGCCGCUCAAGUUAUUAAUCCUGAACAUAUCGAAGUGGAGAUGCAGGACGUGUCAGGCCUUGAAAGCAUCGUUGCUGAUCUGGAGAUGAAGCUGCUGUACCCGCUCAUGCAUCCUCACCUCUAUCGCACGACGCUGUGGAAGCAGACCAAGGGCGUUUUGCUGUACGGGCCGCCAGGCACGGGGAAGACCAUGUUGGCCAAGGCCCUGGCUAAGCAGUCCAAGUGUUUUUUCCUGAACAUCACGGCGUCGUCCAUCAUGAGCAAGUGGCUCGGAGACGCCAACCGCCUGGUUCGCGCCGUCUUCAGCUUGGCGUCGAAGCUGGAACCCUGCAUCAUCUUUAUUGAUGAGGUCGACGCGAUGCUGGGCAAGCGCGGCAACAGCAGCGAGCACGAGGCGAUGCUGCAGGUCAAGACGGAAUUCAUGCAGCUCUGGGACGGCAUGGAAUCAAGCCGAGGCCAGCGCGUCGUGGUCAUGGGGGCCACUAAUCGCCCGUGGAUGGUGGACGAGGCGGUUCUGCGGCGGUUUACCCUGAUGUACGAGAUCGGCCUACCGAACAAGGCUCAGCGCAAGGCAAUCCUUCUGGGCUACCUGCGGAAGCACAACCAGGAGGUGCCCAACAGCGUUGCGGAGGAACUGAUCGCACUUGACCGCAUCGCGGAUAUGGCGGAGGGCUUCAGUGGGAGCGAUCUGCUGGAGCUCUGCUCGCAGGCGGCGCAGGGGGUCCUUGCGGAGCACCUCCAACAGCAGCAAAGCGCAGAUCCACUUCCGUCCUCGGGCAGACAGUCUCUGAGCAUGAGGCCGUUGUGCAUGGCUGACUUAGAGGGGGCUUUACAGCAUGUACGGCCAUCAUUGCACCGGGCGGACGAAUACAACAAGGUGAUGGCAUCCGGUGGUGGUAGUGGAGGGCCACUGUCGACAGACAUGGCAUCUAUGCUGGCCUUUUUAAUGCAGCAGAUGCGUGGCUAAAACAACAUUGGAAAUGCUGUGUUGAUAUAGGAACGGCAAAAGAUUGCAUAUAGGUUAUUUCAUCUGUUACAUAGUCUUAUUUGAUCCGUGUCGGUACCAAAGAUCUGGCCAGCUUGGGGCCAAUGCAAACACGCACAUCGAAAAUUGUAACGAGUCAGAACGGGCAAGUACGUUGCCGGAUCACAAUGCUAUGACAUGUCGAAAUCAUCACCGAGUCGUAUGCCCCGUCGCAUACGUAUAUAUACUGUCAAAAAGAUAUGUACUUUGUUCGUUUAAAAUUAAAAACAAUAUAAUUGCAUUGUUGCGCGAUAUCAUAUGUGUACAAUCCGAAUUUACACGGCAGCAGUAGCCUUCUCAGCAACCGGCGCUGCGGUGCUGCACUCCUCUGGUACCAUGCCCAGCGCGACAAUGAGCAUGGCGUUAACCGUCGCUGUCAUAAUAGAGCCAGCAAUCAUGGUGCGCACACGGUGCUUGACCUGGCCGUCUGCUGCGUCAGCGGUCAGAGAGUCCAUUGUCAAGAAAGCGUCCGACGUUUGGAUGUACACAACAGCGAAGAGACCGAGCCAGGAGAGGCGGGUCUUGGCGUAGGCACCAGUAACAAGCGCAAUGCCAAGACCGAAGAUGAGAACAGCUUCAAGGCAAAUGAUAAACCGUAGUAACGGAAAUAGCUCAUGCAAGGAAGGCCGGUCGAGAAGCCAUUGAUGCCGGCGAGCGCUAUAUCC